CGAUUAUUUUAAUUUUCAUCGGUUAGUGUAAUUUUCUUUUUGGUCAUUGGCAAGACUGGUAUUUGUAUUUGAAAUUCUUCAUUUCCGUUUCCGGCGUCUUUCUUCACAGGCAAUCAAUCGGCAAUUCGGCAAUCCGACAUUUUGUUUGGUUGUGGUGGCUUUCAUCUGUAAUCUGUGGCUUUUAUACAAAGUGCUAAAAAAUGGCUGAAAAGUUCGAUUCUAAUGGUGAUUUAUAUGGUGAAAAUUUGAAAAGAAAGGCCGAGAAUGAGGAUAAAAAUGCCGAGUCAGCCGGCGAGAACGAAGAAAAUGGUAUGACCAGUAAGGCAGUUGAAUAUGUGAAAGAGUUGUUAGCCGAAAAGAUAUUGAUCGACCAGACUAAAUUGCCAAAUGCUACUAGGCUGUUGGAGCAAGAGGUAACAAAAGCACAGGCUAUUGGUAAAGUUCCUCUAAGGGAAAAUAAAUAUGUCGACAUUUAUCGAGAAAAACCCAUAAAAGUGACUAUUAAGGUUUUGGUACCUGUAAGAGAACAUCCGAAGUUUAAUUUUGUUGGAAAACUGCUGGGACCUAAAGGGAACUCUAUGAAACGUCUUCAAGAGGAAACUAUGUGCAAAAUGGCUGUUUUAGGCAGAGGUUCAAUGAAGGAUAGAAAUAAAGAAGAAGAAUUAAGAAAUUCUUUAGACCCCAAAUAUAGCCAUUUAACAGAUGAUUUGCAUGUAGAAAUCUCAGCUCUUGGACCACCAGCUGAAGCUCAUGCUAGAGUGGCAUUUGCUUUAGCUGAAGUAAGGAAGUACCUUAUACCCGACAGUAACGAUCACAUUAGAUUAGAGCAAAUGAGAGAGAUGGAAAGUGAAAGAGACCGGGAUCAUCCUGGACAUCCCGGUGGACAUCCUGGACACCCCGGCGGGCAUCCCGGAGGACAUCCUGGUCCAUUGGGAGAAGAAAGAGGAGAACCUAAAUCAAGAAGGCCUGUAUCAACUAUGCCAAGGCCACCGGCUCCUAUUAUUUCACAUGCUCCUUCAGUUAUGCGCACUGCAACCAGAGCACCUGUUGUGACUCCAAGAGUCAUGCCUGCAAAAACUAAAAUCAUGUCAAUACUUGAUAGAGCACGUGUCGCCAUGGAAGAAAGUUAUGGUUAUGAAGAUGAUAGUAACUAUGGUUCUAAUUCUCCAGCUUAUGAAUAUUCAAGACCUAGUUAUUCUUCAGGCUAUCAUGACGAUUAUGAAGGGGAUUAUUAUAAGCCUUCCAGUUAUGAACCGUCUACGUCUCGUGGUUGGAAGCCAUCUCCAUAUCCGAAAGGAACUUCUAGCUCAUCAGGUUCACAUCAAGCUGAAAGUUCUCGUUAUAGAACUUCUCCUUACACUCGCCCCAUGAUGAAAUAAAUUGUUUAAUUUGGUUCAAGGUUCCCACUUUGUUUGCAUGACGUUUCAGAUUAGUUUUAAGGUUCUAUGCAUUUUUGCAGUUUUCAUUACUUUUUUAUUUAAAAUGACAUUUUUUUUGGCAUUUCUGAUAUUAUUAAUGAUCACAAUUACAGGUUGUCAAAAUAGGUUGAUAUAUAAUAAUGGUUCCUAAACUAAAACAUAGCCAUGGAAAUUAAAUAAUGUUAGUACAUGCCGUAGUUUAAUUUUUCCCCGCUUACGGCGCGCAUGCGCGUAGCCAUUGCCUUACCACUUACAGCGCCGUAAGCCUAGACAACGCGUUUUUAUUAUUUGGACUUGCCGUAUAAAACUGAAAUGAUUAAACAUUUUUAGUGGGAACCUUGUAAAUGGGUUUUUAUAUUGAAUCGUUUUGUAAUCCUAGUAGUUUAACUAGAUCUGUAAAAUCAGUGUCACUAUUCAGUUUAAAUUACAAAUUCUUAAACAAAUAGUUUACUGCAUACCUCUUUAAAAAGGUAUUUUAUUAAGAUAUUGUAAUAUUGUAUGGUGACAAAAUGUUGUGAAUUAAUGUAUUUUCAUUUCUGUAUUCUUAGAAUUUUGGAAUACAAACUUUUGGGUUUUAAACUUUAUUUAAAAAUAAAUGUCUUGCAUCCAGGUAAGUGAUUUUGGAACCCUUGACAAAAUCAAAUAAUAGAAACUUAAUUUUUAAUUAAUUUGAAUCUAUUAAACAGUAGUUUUAAAAUCGUAUCUAAUUAAUAUAAAUUAAUAUAUCAUCAGAAAAUCUAAAAAUUAAUUGUUCAUAAAAAUAAUUCAUGUCAAAUGAAUAAUUAUUAUUAAUUUUUUUUUAGUCUAAAACAUUGUGUAAUCAAAUUAACGUAAUUUUAAAAUCCAGGAGGGUGUAGCAACAUUUUAUUUGCUUCAGUUAUAGCUUACUCCAUAUUAAAUUAAAUUUAAAAAUAAUUUAGAUGUAGAACAUAAUAUUGUAAUAUUAAAGGUGUUUCAAUUUUUGAAUAAACGUACAUUAAUGUCUUUAAAAUAAAAAAAAGUAAUAGAAUUGUAGGAAUUCAAUAAUUAUUAA